AUGCGGCGCUUGCACCGGACGCGCCUCCGCCCAGGCGAGGACGCCCCAAUGAAGUACUUGUUUUGCCUUCGCGAGAAGGCCGUCAAGCUGCCGGACCCGCCGUGCACGUUGCCCACGUCGCCCCGCUUUGACGCGGAGCGCAGCGGGAAGUUCAACAAGGCGUGGCUGCAACACGAAUUGCCUGCGUGUAAGCCGCUGGUGCGCAACAGUGUGUACCUGCCCAGCAAAGAGAGCCUCUGGAAUUCACCAAUACACGAGGGCCUGGAGAAAAUCGCUGAGCGUUUGCCCUACCAUGAUGUUCUUCGGUACAUCAUGGAACAUAAUUACUUCUUUUUGUUUAAGACGCUCCUGAAGGCAAGCGAUGCACCACUUCCGCACGUUGUGUACGAAGAUUUUAUGAAAUGCCGGACCUUCGCCUCUUUGCAGAACCCGCCUGAGGAGCAAUUUGCGUUGUCCCCCACCUUGCUGCGGACGCUGCUAUGCAUGGCGGCAUACCAGUGUAUUCUUGAUCGACACUACUUUACAACUUGCCAGUUGCUCUUCCGACGGCUAGAGCAACAGCAAGCUAUGACAUCUGAGGUUUUGUCGGCUUGGGUGUACUGUUGUACAGCCAGCGGGAGGGUGGAGGAGGCCUUGGCUUACGCCAAGCACAUGGCAGACCACGAUGUUCCAUUCGAUGAAAUCGUUUUUCUUUCAUGCAGCACCCCUCUGUGA